AUGAAGAUUACCGUCGGCCCUUUUGCCGCCAAGAGGCCGUGGACGUUCCCAGCACUUGCAGCAUCUAGCAAGCGACACUACGGCAAGCCAACACAGCCAAGACAAGGCCUCGGAGCUGGCUCACCACACGCGGCGAUACCUGAUACCAGAAGCCUUGAGCCGAAGAGUAGUACAGCACGUAAAUCAUUGGCCGGCUUUCCUCUUUCAAUCUUGUCUACGGGGACUCUCCUUAGAUCAUUACUCAUCACCACCAUCUCAUCGAACAGAUUCCUCCUCAUCCCUUCGCUCUAUACCCUAUCUUUUCUUGCUAAGCCAGGUCGAAGUUUCCUGUUUGAUGUCGACCGCAACCCCAUACUUCACAGUAUCCUUCGAAAGACUUUUUACGACCAAUUCUGUGCUGGAGAGACGGCAGAGCAGACGAAGGCAUGCGUUCAGCGGCUAAAGGGACUCGGAUUCAAGGGUGUAAUUCUCACUUACGCCAAAGAGACCGUCUUUGACCACUUGACUCAGUCAUCUCAUGAGACAGGAAAGGUGUCAAGCACUUCCAGUAUCGACGGUCUUGACCCUGAGAUUGAGUCUUGGAGGUGUGGCACCUUGGAGACCGCGGCUCAGGUUGGCGAGGGUGAUUACCUUGCCAUUAAGCUGACCGGGGCGGGCCGCGAUGUGACAUCAGCAUUCGCAGCUGACGAGUUCCCUCCACAACAGAUGCAAGAUGCUCUAGAGGAGAUCGCCACAACAUGCAAACAGCGCGGCAUCAAGAUCAUCGUUGAUGCAGAGUCGCAGCACUUCCAGAAAGCCAUUGAUCGCGUCACUCUUGAACUCAUGCGCAAAUUCAACCGGGACGGUUACGCCGCUAUUUACAACACCUACCAGGCCUACCUCAAGAGUACGCCGGACAACAUCAUUAACCAUCUGUCGGAAGCCAGCAAAGACGGUUUCACCCUAGGUCUCAAACUCGUACGAGGAGCUUAUAUCCUGUCUGACAACAGAUCCCGCAUUCACGAUACGAAGCAAGACACGGACGACGCCUACAACUACAUUUCCCAGGGCGCCGUCAGGAGACAGAUCGGCGAGUUCGGCGGUGAUUCUCCGGGGUCUGUACCAUUCCCCUCCGUAGACCUGCUUCUGGCUAGCCACAACAAAGAGAGUCUCUUUGCUGCGCUGAAGUUGCACCAGGAGCGUGUCAAGAACGGCAAGCCGACAGUACCAAUUGCGUUUGGCCAGCUUCACGGCAUGUCCGACCAAGUAAGCUUCUCGCUUCUGCAGGAGAAGAAUGAGGGGCUUGGUGGUCCGGACGUGUUCAAGUGUUCUACAUGGGGUAGCAUGGGAGAGUGUCUGGCGUACUUGCUUCGCAGAGCAGUGGAAAAUAGGGAUGCGGUCUUGCGGACGACUGAUGAGCAUGCUGCUGUGAAGCGCGAAGUUUGGAGGCGGUUGAAGUCCCCAUUUUCGUUCGCGAAAUAA